AUGGUUGCCUCGGAAGAUCCCCAGAAGCAUAACAACGAUGACUUCAAGUUGGAGAAAAUCUUUGCCGUCAAAGAUAAAGUAGCUCUUGUUACUGGUGGUGGGACUGGAAUCGGCUUAAUGGCUGUCCAAGCUCUUGCCGUUAAUGGUGCCAAAGUGUACAUUACAAGUCGGAGUGAUGAGAAGCUUGAUCGAGUGAGAGACACGUAUGGGCAGAACAUUGCCGGGCAGAUCAUCCCAAUCACAGCAGAUAUCACCUCGAAGGCCGACAUUAAGAGACUAGUUCAAGAGAUCUCAUCCAAGGAAAGUAGACUCGAUAUUCUGAUCAACAAUGCGGGCAUCUCCUCUAAAACGCACCAAACCGAAGCGGAGUCCGCAGAGGAGAUGUCCAAGAACCUCUUUGAUCCUGAGGAUGCAACCUUUGAAGAUUGGGUAGAGACAUACCGCACGAAUGUUCCUCAGCUCUAUUUCAUGACCACGGCGCUGCUGCCUCUACUGCAGGCCGCGUCUGAGGCUACUCCAUCAUGGUCAGCAACUGUCAUAAACAUUUCCUCGAUCUCGGGGCAAGUGAAGACACCCCAGCAUCAUUUUGCAUAUAAUGCUUCCAAAGCUGCUGCCAUACAUUUGACGCGCAUGCUCGCCAGCGAAGUUGCAGCUAAUGGACUCAAGAUACGCAUCAAUGAUAUUGCACCGGGUGUUUUCCCAUCAGAAAUGACGGCCGGAGAUAGUGGAGCGAACCAAAAGAGCCAUAUUCCUAAGGAGAAGUUCGAGGGUAAAGUACCUGCAAACCGCCCGGGUAAUGACCGCGAUAUGGCUGCCGCGGUACUAUUUGCUGCUACCAACCAGUAUUACAACGGACAAACGUUGACGGUUGACGGUGGCUACACUCUCCAGGCAGGUCGCUGA